AUGCAUUUUCAACAACAACAACAACAGCAUUACCAUACACCUUUAAGACAUGGAAGUGAUCCUGCACAACAUAUUACCAAUAACAGUGAAGAACAUAUAAAUAACUAUGGUAAUAAUACUGUAGACACUCCACAACAAUUAAGACACACCAGUGCAAUGACUGUUAUCAAUAGUUCUCAAGCUGCAACCAAUAAUAAUUACUCAGAUAAUAAUAACAAUACUUCUCCUGUACGAGGAACUACUAGCACUGCUGAAACUAUUCCCGACGAACUGAUACCCAGAACAACUUUCAGAUUGAAGGUAGGACUAAUAGGGGAUGCUCAAGUUGGUAAAACAUCGUUAAUGGUAAAAUAUGUACAAAGUGUAUUUGAUGAAGAAUAUAUUCAGACUUUAGGGGUCCAUCAUCUGGAGAAAAGAGAAAGUUUAAAAUAUGCAGACAUAUUGUUUGUAAUCAACGAUCUUGGGGGCCAGAGAGAGUUUAUAAAUAUGUUGCCGAUUGUAAGUGAGGAUGCUGUAGCUAUAGUUUAUUUAUUCGAUUUAACUAGACCAGAAACAUUAACUUCUAUAAAAGAAUGGUACAGACAAGCCAAAGGAUUGAAUAGCAAAGCUAUCCCGCUACUGAUCGGAACAAAAUAUGACCUUUUCAUAGAUAUGGAUCCUUCUUAUCAGGAAAAAAUGUCUAGGAUUGGAAUGUUAUAUGCAGAGGCCAUGAAUGCUCCCCUGAUAUUUAGCUCAACUGCGGAAUCCAUAAAUGUCAAAAUAAUUUUUAAGAUAGUGGUUGCAAAAGCCUUUAAUUUGAAGUUAACAGUUCCAGAAAUUAAGGAUCUUGGCGAUCCCAUAUUAAUUUAUAAAAAUUUAGGAGAGAAAAAGAAAAAAAAUUAA